AUGGCCUCAACCUCACAGAUCCUGGGCAACAAUGAGGGCCUUGAGCCCUACACUUCCAACAUCUUCACACAGUGCAUCCUCACCAGCAACUUUGUUGUCAUCAACAACCAUCUAGUCAAGGAUCUCAUGGAGCUGGGCCUGUGGAUGCCUGAGAUGAAGAAUCACAUCAUCUGUGAUGGUGGAUUGGUGGCCAAGAUCCUUGAGAUCCUGGCACACCUCCAUGAACUCUACAAGACU